AACUAGCUUACUUCGUGGGCAGAUUCCAAAAUUGUCCAAUUUCUCCUAAUUGGAAAACUAAAGGGGCACAAAAGAAAUAUUAAACAAACAUGGAGACCCUAAUGCAAUAUUUGUAUUUCGAAAAAAAAAAAAAAAAAGAAUGAGAAAGGUCCACUUUCUUGACAACACACAAACAAGGCAAAGCUUGGUUUGUAUGGCAUAAUCUUGAAGAGAUUUUGUAAUGGAUGACUCAACCGAAAGCAGUGAUUGGGCUUUUGCUGGGCAGUGUUCUACAUUGUGAUGCAAUGUCUUGGUGCAAUUUGUGUGCCAAUGAUGUCAUCCGUGGUUACACCAAGGGAGAUGGCCUUGGUGCUGAGAUUGUUGUUACUUUUGUUCUUGUCUACGGUGUCUUAUGUGCUGCUGAUGCCUAGAGAAAUGCCAGCGACUCCCAUGUUCCUAUUUUGGCAGUGUUCUUCGUUCAUUUGGCCACUAUCCUUUAUCAUAGGCAUUGACAUUAACCCUGCUAGAAACCUAGGUGAUGCCAUUGUCUACAACGGAAAGCAUGCGCGGGAUGACCAUAAUUGAAACCAAGAUUGUUGGAAGUUUUGUUCGGGUCCAGUUACAUCUUGGGAAGCGUAAUUCUGAUCAUCAGCUUGUGCAAAUUACAGGGAUCAAGCUCGGAUCAAGUGAUAAAUACGACUCCGAGAGUUUAAUUCAAGUUUCUAAUAUGGCCAGAGAAAUUUGCUUGACCAUGCUUUCUGAUGAUGAGUUUUCUAAGGUAGAAUGUGAUGAUCUGGGAGAGAAGGUGAAAGCUGGCCUGCUUAAAAAGAUUACAAUUGUGGAGCUUGAACAGAAGGCUAAAAUCCUUCAUGAGGACAUCACAAAGCAUAGGAUUACUCGAGAGCUGGAAUUGUUGCAGAAACGCAUUGAUCGAGCAAAUGAGAAAGGAUGGAGACAUGAGCUUUUCCAGCAUCUGGAGAGACAAAAGCUCCUCAAGCAACCUUCAUACCUGUCAUUUGUGCUGCAGAAUAUUCCUGGAGUGAUUCCAGAGGAAGUAGAGCUUGAAUCUCUAGAUAGGAAUGACAAUCAGAUGCACCAAUCUGCAGAUAAGACAACUCCUGCGAAGCAGAAUAUUCCCGGAGUGACUCCUGAGAAAGUGGAGCUUGAACCUCUGGAUAAGGACGAGAAAGAUGGCGAUCAGAUGCACCAAUUCUUAGAUGAGACGCCCCCUACCAAAAGAAUUACUCCUGGAGUGAUUCCCGAAGUAGAGCUUGAACAUCUGGCUAAAGAUGCGAGGGAUGGCAAUAAGAUGCAUCAAUGCACAGAUGAGACGGCUCCUACUGGAAUUGUCAAAUGUGAACCGGAAGAUGGAGCACCUUGCUCUGGUAGUUAGUUAGUAGGUGUAAUGAAGCUUUGUGCAACUUCCCCAUCUUCUCCUUCCUUGGUCAACUUAGGUGUUGUUAAGCCUUUCCUGGAAAACUUUAGUAGCUAUCCAGUUGCUGGUCUUACCUUGGUAUAUUUUGAUUUUAGUUGCUGCAAAGACUAUCCAGUUCUAGCUUGUUAAUAUAUUCUAGCCAGUUAAGACUUUUUCGUACCGCUCUAGUUGUUAUAAGAAAACCAAGUGAAGUUAUUUUUGAAGUUGCAUUUGCUCUUCCCCUACAAUCAUGUAUUCAUGGCAAUGGAUCAAGGGGUAUAUGCUGUAAUCUUUUUCAACUAAAUGCAACUUAUCUCCCUUUUCCAGGAUCAUCUUUUC